AGAAAAAAAAAUGCAUCACGUUAGAAAGUCUCUCUCUCUCACGAUCGUUGACGCAGAAGCGCAAGUUUUCUUUGUUUCUGAAAAUAUUGCCACUGCUUCUGUUUUUCAUUUUUCAAAAGCAAUGAAAUUCCUGGGAAGAAACUGAAAUCCCUAACCUCACCCAACAGCACCUAUUUUAUUAUCCUUAUUUUUUAAUUAGGAAACGACUCCGUUGCAAUUCGUAUUCAGGCAAUGGCGGAGUCGUCGUCUUCGUCAUCUAGGGAAGACCUAAUUCAGCUGAUCAAACGAUUUGGGGCUUAUCUCACUGUCAAGAUGUCCAAUUUCUUCUCUCUUAAUAACUUGGAUUCACGAUCAGUAGGGGCUAUUGCAGGGCUUGCCCUUGCAAUCGUCUUUACCUGGCGGAUGUUUAGAUCACCAAGUGGACCUCAAAGAAGGCCACCAAAACGACAAGCUCCUACAACCAGUAAUUCAAUUGGCCGUGCUCAGUUUAAUACAACUGUGAUACCUUCUGAAAUUAGUUCACCAUCUGAAGAUUUAAGAGCACAAAAUGUUGUCGAUGAGUUCUUUCAACCAGUAAAGCCAACUUUGGGGCAAAUAGUUAGGCAGAAGCUAAGUGAAGGAAGAAAGGUGACAUGUCGUUUGCUUGGAGUAAUCCUUGAGGAGAGCAGUCCAGAGGAGAUCCAGGUGAGCCAAGCAACUGUACGGUCAUCUGUGCUGGAGAUUCUGUUGGAGAUCACAAAAUUUUGUGAUCUCUAUCUUAUGGAAAGAGUACUUGAUGAUGAAAGUGAAAAAAGGAUACUUGUGGCUUUGGAAAAUGCAGGGGUUUUCACAUCAGGAGGUUUGGUCAAAGACAAGGUUCUCUUUUGUAGCACAGAGAUAGGGCGGUCAUCCUUCGUUCGGCAACUGGAGCCAGAUUGGCAUAUUGACACAAAUCUUGAAAUCAUUUCUCAAUUAGCUAGAUUUAUUAAAUAUCAACUUUACAUUUCGCCCAUCAGACCUGAAAGAACUGCUUCAAACGUGUUCAAUUCUUCGUCAUUGGAACAGUUCUUUGGAUGUGCAUGACACUACAGGCAGUAAAAGAGAUAAAUCUCUGAUCCUUUUCUCCACAUUGGUUUCAUUUCAUGUAUUUGGCUUAGCAGAAAAGUUUUCAGGCACUCGCCUAAAGUUGUUGGGUUUGAGAUGAAGGGAGAAGAAGGUUCAUUUGUUUGAAGUUUGUGAAAUAGCCUUUGACAACCGAAAGAUCUCAUUAUAUAGUUAUGCAUGCAGUUGACAUUGGUUAAAGAUUAUGCAAAUUAUCAACAAUAAUUUUGAUGUCCAAUAAUACGGUUGUUGUGAACA